AUGGGGUGCUUUGGCUCACCGGGUGGCAAGAGCGACAAUGACGACAAAAAGAAACAGAAGCAAAUCAGCGACGCGAUCACGCGGCAACUGCAGAAAGACAAGCAGGUGUAUCGCGCGACGCAUCGUCUACUCUUGCUUGGAGCUGGUGAAUCCGGCAAGUCCACUAUCGUGAAGCAGAUGCGCAUACUACACGUGAACGGGUUCUCAGACAAAGAGCGCCGGGAAAAAAUCGAAGAUAUAAAAAAGAACAUAAGAGAUGCCAUACUUACAAUAACUGGUGCGAUGAGCACCCUAACACCGCCCAUACCACUUGAGAAACCUGAAAACAAGGCGCGCGUUGAUUAUAUACAGGACGUGGCGUCGCAGCCCGACUUUGAUUACCCGGCGGAGUUUUACGAGCACACGGAGGCGUUGUGGAAGGACGGCGGCGUUCAACGCACGUACGAGCGCAGCAACGAAUACCAACUGAUCGACUGCGCCAAAUAUUUCCUGGACCAGGUUCACAUAAUAAAGCAGUCCGACUACACGCCAACGGAACAGGAUAUAUUGCGUUGCCGAGUCCUCACUUCGGGUAUAUUCGAGACGCAAUUCGUCGUAGACAAAGUCAACUUCCAUAUGUUCGACGUGGGCGGUCAGAGGGACGAGAGACGCAAGUGGAUCCAGUGUUUCAACGACGUGACCGCGAUAAUAUUCGUGACUGCGUGUUCCUCCUACAACAUGGUCCUCAGGGAGGAUCCUACGCAGAACCGGCUCAGGGAAUCGCUAGAUUUGUUCAAGAGCAUAUGGAAUAACAGAUGGCUCCGCACGAUAUCCGUGAUCCUGUUCCUGAACAAGCAGGAUCUGCUCGCGGAGAAAGUGUUGGCGGGCAAGUCCCGUCUCGAGGAAUAUUUCGCCGAGUUCGCCCGCUACCAGACGCCGCCCGACGCGAUACCGGACGUCAGGGACCACCCGGAGGUGGCUCGUGCUAAAUACUUCAUACGCGAUGAGUUCCUGCGCAUAAGUACGGCGAGCGGCGAUGGUAAACAUUACUGCUACCCGCACUUCACGUGCGCCGUCGACACUGAGAACAUAAAGCGCGUGUUCAACGACUGCCGCGACAUCAUACAGCGCAUGCAUUUGCGCCAGUACGAGCUGCUCUAACGCGCACGAUAUAAAGUCAAGAGGAGAGCAGAACUAUCUGCACGAACACGCGACACGACCCACGACAUGUCGCCGCACUUAAAUAUGUCGCACGUGUCGCGACCUGUCGCACGUUACACGAUGACGCGUGCGCUAUCGUAA